GGCAUUACAUAGGAGGAGCUUAUGGGCACCUUUAAAACCCUGAGUCUCCCUGCUUGCCUGAGCAUUGCAUCUCAGCAUCCUGCCCAGCAAUGGAGACAGACAGCCUACCUACUGUUGGAGGCUUAUCACAGGCCAGACCUGCCACACCAGAAAUCCAGGAGAUCGCUGACAAGGUCAGAGCACAGCUCGAAGAGAAAACCAAUGAGAAAUAUGAAAAAUAUGAAGCUGUCGAGUAUAAAUCGCAAGUGGUCGCUGGAUCAAAUUACUUCAUUAAGAUAAAUGUAGGAGGUGGUCGUUACCUGCAUGUAAAAGUCUUCAGAGGUCUUUCUGGACAAAAUGACGAUUUUGAACUUAGUGGUUACCAGGUUAACAAAACCAAGGAUGACGAGCUGACCUACAUCUAAGCAGCAAAUUCUAAAGUGACUUGCUUCCUCUCUUUGUAAAGAGAUGCCGCCAUCAGUAAAAAACCAUUCUUCAAAUAACUGCUUUUUCCCCAUUUUUACUCAUGUA